UCGGAUUUAGGACGCGAGAGGAUACGCGAGGGUUUUCGUCGGGCAUGGCUUCUAGGGUUUCGUCCAAGGGAAAGGGGAAGGCCGGGAGGGGCGCCGAGGAUGGACCGACGGCACGAUUCGUGAAGGAAUGGAGCACCUGGACGAUGAAGAAGGCCAAGGUCAUCGCCCACUACGGCUUCAUCCCCCUCAUCAUCGUUAUUGGCAUGAACUCCGAGCCCAAACCCCAUCUCUCUCAGCUCCUCAGCCCCGUCUGAGCCGCCGAACCCUCCACUUCCAAUUCCGGAUUAUGUCCCCGGUAUAUAACAUCCUAUGGUUGGAGGAUUUCCUCGGAUUUGCUUCGAGUAGUAAUAGGCCUCAUUUUUAGCUAAAUCCUCCUAGUUUUGUUGUAACGGAUGUGUUCUUGGACCGUAUUCUGUGAUACUAGGUGAAUAUUUUUGGCUGUCUUUUGCCUAAUUCUUCCUUAAUAAAAUUGAUAUUUUUAAGGUAAUAC